AAACCCGCCGCCUUCCCGGCCGCGCUCAUUGAUAACGCUUUAUCAGAAAUUGAUCCUCUUUGUUCAAUUCAUCGAUCAGCCAAGAUGGCGCCGGCUGUGUGGCGCCGCUCCUCUCCGUGCCUGCCCGCUGCCUCUCCUCAGCGCCGGGGCACCUCAUCCCGGGGAGCAGCCUCGCCGCACUCGCAGCUUUUUACACCUCUCCAAGUUUAUUUUUUUUAUUGGACUUUUUUUUGCCUCUUUUAUUGAACUUGCUCCCUCCGCCGGCUGUUACACGCGCUGAGGCUGGUGGCGCUGUGGUGCCAGGCUGCUCUCCCUGCUAGUGCUGCUGCUGCUCAUACACAGACACAGGCUGCUCCCUCAUCCCUGCCAGUCCCAACUUCUCUCCCUCUUACCCCGGGAAUUGCACCCCUAUAUCCCAGCUUACCCCCCAUCCCCUUCCUUGCAUGCUACAGCCCAGGGCUCUGCUACCCUCCUGGGCUACUGCACCUUCCCUGCUGGAUCUAUAGAGAAACGCUUGUUAAGGACUUUUCUUAGUGUUUUUUUGAUGAUGUUUUACAUGUUACAUGCUAUCUGGUUACUAUCCUGUUUGUUGUGUAUUGAUAAUAUAUGAAGGGUAAUAUUGCAUUUGUGGGAUGACAGCACCAUAGGCAUUUGUAGAGGGGGAAAACUUUGCAGCCACUGCCUGUAAUGCCCCUUUUACCCUCCUAAUUCCUGUGCAUUGCAUGUGGUGGUGGUAGUUGUUGGGGGUUUAAUUUUUUUUAUUUUUUUACCCUCCCUUUGGUAAGCUGUCCUGCAUCUAUUUUGCCCCCCAUGGGUUUCCCUUUCCAGUUAAAGAGAGAACUCGAUACAACAGCGACAGUAUUGGCAAACAGACAAGAUGAAAGUGAACAGUCCAGAAAAAAACUUAUUGAUCAAAGUCGAGAAUUCAAGAAAAACACUCCUGAGGACUUGCGCAAACAGGUAGCUCCGUUGUUGAAGAGUUUCCAAGCAGAGAUCGAUGCAUUAAGUAAAAGAAGCAAAGAAGCUGAAGCUGCCUUCUUGAAUGUUUAUAAAAGAUUAAUUGAUGUCCCAGAUCCAGUACCCGCCUUGGAUCUGGGACAGCAAUUGCAACUAAAGGUCCAACGUAUGCACGAUAUUGAAACAGAGAACCAGAAGCUCCGAGAGACAUUGGAUGAAUACAACAAAGAGUUUGCUGAAGUAAAAAAUCAAGAGGUUACAAUAAAAGCACUUAGAGAGAAAAUCCGGGAAUAUGAACAGACCCUGAAGAACCAGGCGGAAAAUCUGGCUCUGGAGAAAGAACAAAAGUUACAAAAUGACUUUGCUGAGAAAGAGAGGAAGCUGCAAGAGACUCAGAUGUCUACAUCAUCCAAGCUUGAGGAGACCGAACACCGGGUUCAAGUCCUGCAGACAGCUUUGGACAAGUCUCAGGCAGCAUUAUUUGACCUGAAAACAAAGUAUGAUGAAGAGACAUCAGCAAAGGCAGAUGAGAUUGAGAUGAUUACGACUGACCUUGAAAGAGCCAAUCAGAGAGCAGAGGUGGCGCAGAGAGAGGCAGAGGCCUUAAAGGAGCAGCUCUCAUCAGUUAACAAAUCACUCCAGCAUGCCUCGCAGACGCAGAAGCCGCCUGACGCGGAGCAGACGGCAGAAGGGAUGAUGACACACUCCAGCAUGGAAGUUGAACUUACUGCAAAGGAGCGAGAAAUUGCCCAGCUAGUGGAGGACGUACAGAGAUUACAGGCCAGUCUUACCAAGCUCCGUGAAAACUCAGCCACUCAGAUCUCUCAGCUUGAGCAGCAGCUAAACACCAAGAGCAGCACUCUUAAACAACUUGAAGAAAAACUGAAAGUGCAGGCUGACUAUGAAGAAAUUAAAAAGGAACUCAAUAUUCUGAAAUCCAUGGAGUUUGCUCCAUCUGAAGGAUCGAGUGUACAGGAUGCAUCAAAACCAUUGGAGGUUCUGUUACUGGAGAAAAACCGCUCUCUGCAGUCGGAGAAUGCCACAUUGCGCAUUACCAACAGCGACCUGAGCGGGUCAGCCAGGAGAAAAGGGAAAGACCAGCAUGAAACUCAGCGUCCUGCAACCUUGCCAGCCUCUCCUCCCUCUCAGUUGCUCCGCAACACAGGGGAGCAGGCUUCCAAUACAAAUGGUACACACCAGUUCUCACCAACGGGUUUAAACCAAGACUUUUUCAGCUCAUCCAUUGCAAGCCCUACUUUACCCUUGGCCUCCACAGGAAAAUUUGCACUAAAUUCACUUCUCCAGCGACAGCUUAUGCAGUCCUUCUACUCCAAGGCAAUGCAGGAAGCAGGAAGCACAAGCAUGCUUUUUUCAACAGGUCACUUCAGCACAAACUCCAUAUCUUCCCAAAGUCCUUUACAACAGCCAAGCCCGGAUGUAAACGGCAUGGCUCCUUCACCAAGCCGGUCAGAGAGCGCAGGGAGCGUCUCAGAAGGUGAAGAAAUAGACACUGCAGAAAUUGCACGUCAAGUAAAAGAGCAGUUGAUCAAGCACAAUAUUGGGCAACGUAUCUUUGGACAUUAUGUACUGGGACUGUCACAGGGGUCAGUGAGCGAGAUACUGGCCAGGCCCAAACCGUGGAAUAAAUUAACUGUACGAGGCAAGGAGCCUUUCCACAAGAUGAAGCAGUUCCUGUCAGAUGAGCAGAACAUCCUUGCGCUGCGGAGUAUACAAGGCAGACAGAGAGAGAAUCCAGGCCAGAACCUGAACAGACUAUUUCAGGAAGUACCGAAAAGAAGACAUGGGUCUGAAGGAAAUAUUACCACACGAAUCAGAACCUCAGAGUCGGGCUCAGAUGAAGCCAUUAAGUCUAUCUUAGAGCAAGCCAAGAGAGAGCUACAGGUGCUGAAGACUGUUGAGCCGGCUCAGCCCCCUUCAGCAUCUAGCAGUGGAAAUUCUGAUGAUACCAUUCGGUCCAUUCUCCAACAAGCACGGCGGGAAAUGGAGGCACAACAAGCUGCUUUUGAACCUGCCUUAAAAACGGCAUCUUUAUCCCAAGCUGACCUUGCCAUCCUUUCUCCUAAAAUUAUCUCCACCACUGCAGUCUCUUCAGUGUCUAGUUACUCUCCUCUAACCAUGUCCCUAAAGAAACAUACACCUGUAUUAGACUCUGGUAUCUCUACCUUACAAAACCUUUCCAGUGUAAAAAAGGAACCCCAGGAGACGUCAGUGUUAGAACUUCAUAGCAUGGCAGAAUCAACGCAGACCAUGUUACGGCACGUGAAAAAUGAGCUGGGAAGGGGUAAUGUUUGGAAAGACCAUUGGUGGAGCACUGUUCAGCACGACAGGAGAAGCAUUGCUUCAUCUGAUGACACAAAGACUGAGGAGACUAACUGCACAAAGGAAAAACUAAUCACUCAGAACAGGUCAGAACGGAACCAGCACCAAGGGCCCUCUUCUUCUUCAGAGUAUUGGAAAGAGUGGCCGAACGCCGAAUCUCCCUAUUCACAGAGCUCCGAAAUCAGCAUGACAGGAGCCAGUCGCAGCGAGACACCACAAAACAGUCCGCUGCCUUCUUCUCCGGUUGUAUCUAUAGCCAAGCCAACCAAACCAUCUGUCCCUCCGCUAACUCCUGAACAGUACGAGGUGUACAUGUACCAGGAGGUGGAUACAAUCGAAUUAACGCGUCAAGUGAAAGAGAAACUUGCAAAAAAUGGAAUUUGCCAAAGGAUAUUCGGUGAAAAGGUGCUGGGCCUGUCACAGGGCAGUGUCAGUGACAUGUUGUCUAGGCCAAAACCCUGGAGCAAACUCACCCAGAAAGGCCGGGAACCAUUUAUCAGGAUGCAGCUAUGGCUGAACGGUGAACUUGGACAGAGUGUCUUACAUUCACAAGGACAGCAACAAGGACAAGCCCUGCAGUCUGCAGCGACUCGACAGGAUUCUGUAAUUGAAGGAUGUCCAAGUUCAGAAAAUACUCCAAAGAGCUCAACUAGCUGCAGUCCUGCUCCGGACUCUCCACUGAGCUCCAGUGAGUCGGUGAAGAGCUUGACUGAACUGGUUCAACAGCCGUGUCCUACAAUUGAGGCGAGCAAAGAAGGGGAAGCGCAGGAAUCUAGUGACGCCACUGCAGGUGACUCCCAGCCAGCAACACCACUUCCAUUUCCUGGUCAGUCAGCGCUGAGCAUCCAAGAGCUAGUAGCCAUGUCGCCAGAGCUGGACACCUAUGGCAUCACCAAGAGAGUGAAAGAAGUUUUAACAGAUAACAAUUUAGGUCAACGUCUGUUUGGCGAAACUAUUCUUGGGCUAACUCAAGGCUCAGUCUCUGAUUUACUGGCAAGACCAAAGCCCUGGCAUAAACUGAGUUUGAAAGGAAGAGAACCCUUCGUACGCAUGCAGCUGUGGCUCAAUGACCCAAAUAAUGUAGAUAAGCUAAUGGAUAUGAAACGGAUGGAAAAGAAAGCAUACAUGAAAAGGAGACACAGCUCAGUGAGUGACAGCCAGCCCUGUGAGCCGCCUCCCACAGGAAUAGAUUACAGCCAGGGAUCUAGUCCGCAGCCACAGCAUCACCUGAAGAAACCGCGAGUGGUGCUCGCUCCUGAGGAGAAAGAAGCUUUGAAACGGGCUUACCAGCAAAAGCCAUACCCUUCCCCUAAGACUAUUGAGGAGCUAGCAACACAGCUGAACCUUAAAACCAGUACUGUCAUUAACUGGUUCCAUAACUACAGGUCUCGUAUACGCAGAGAACUGUUCAUUGAAGAAAUUCAAGCAGGUAGCCAUGGACAGAUCGGUUCUAGUGAUUCUCCAUCAGCUACAAGCAGCAGAGCGGCCCACAGUUCAGAGGGAGAUAGCUGUGAUGGUGUAGACAUGGAAAGCACAACGGAUGGGAAACAUGAUGUCCUUGAAGGAGAUGACUUCAACAGUGACAACACAAAGUCUCAGGGAGGACAGACUGAUUCAGCUUUUGAAGAGGGUGAAGAUGUCAGGUCUACUGAGAAAACAGACAACACCCGGUCAAAAGUAGACAGCCCAGUUGACAAGGAUGAAGAAGGCCAAAUAAAGCUGCAGAGUCGGACUUCUCUUCCUGGAUCUCGGUGUUCGAGAGAGAGCUCAGAAACAACACCGAAAUCUGCUACUGAAAAGCAUGCCUCUACCUCAGCUGCCUCAAGCUUGGUCCCCACAAAGGAGAGUUUCAACAAGUCUAAAGAAGAUUCUGAGAAACUGUCCAGCGUGCCAAGUACAAGUUCACAGAAAGGAAACUCUAUUCAGAGCUUAUUCAACUUUUCUGAGACGGCAAGUUCCAAAAACACACGGGACAACACCUUGAGGAAAAAGAAAGCCGCAAACUUGAACAGCAUAAUUCAUCGUUUAGAGAAGGCUGCUAGCCGAGAAGAACCCAUCGAAUGGGAAUUUUGAGAUUAAAUUAACCCUGGUUCCAGCAAACUGGGGAAACUAAACUGGACCUUUCACUGGUUAUAUCGUAUUGCGCACUUAUCGCCCUGCAGGCCACAGGGCAAAAACGCCAUAGGCCAAGGUGCAUAUAGAAUACAAAAGGAGCAUUAAGCCCAAUUUUAUGUUGUGUUUUCGAGGACGAAAACUGAAAUAUGUAGUCAAGCUUUUUUGUACCCUGAAGUGUUUUUACUAUUGCCCGAGUGAUUUUCACAGUUUCUGGAAUAACUCUUACAGCUUUGCCUUGUGCCCAACUUUUUUUAGCGUGGGCUUAAAUAAGUACAAAAAAAGAAUCUUUUAAAAAAAAUAGUGAAAAAAAAGAGAUUGAACCCACUAAAGUAAUGGGGCUUUUUAUCUGCCAUGUAAUGGCCGCAGAGCGAUAAUACACUAUGAUCUUCUUAUACCAGGAAAAGGAGGAGAUUUUUCAGGAAAAAAAAGGUUGUCCUUUUUUAUUAUUUUGGUUUUAAUUUUUAGUAGCUGUUUCAGUUGCCACAAAGAGAUUGCACAGUCAUCUGACUCUAAACACAAUAGUUUGGAACGCUAUUUUCAAGAAGGAAAAAAUAAAACCUACUCGGAACUUUGAAAUGAAACAAAUACACCAACUCCACUUAUUUUCUAACUCAAGUCACAUCAGGAAAAUAUUUUAAUUUGUGGUAGCUGACGUAGUGUUUCCUUGGUAGUGAAAAUCUAUAUCCAGUGCACAUUGUUUCAUAGCUUUAACUAAUUCUGGUCUUUUCCAGACCAGAGUUUGUUUAUUACACUCCAUUUUAGGCCAAAUCAGGACAAAAAAAAAAUCUGAAUUUAGGUAUUUUAUAAUCUGCUUUUUAACCUCUAACCACAGAGCACGCUGAUCAGACCUCAUAUUUUGGGAGGGCGAAAGGGUACAAGUUGGAAUGGAUGACCUGUUCUGGUUUAGAUGAUCUGUGGGCUACUAAAACAUCCUUACAGUAUUCCCUACAUAGAAAACUAUAUUUUAUUGAUUUAUUUAAACGGACAACAGCUGACUUUGUUUAAUAAGUUUAAUUAUUACCAAAUAUGCUGCCAGCAGGAUGCAUAUAAAAUAGACAUUUUAAAUGCAAUCUAAUCAAACUUUUUAUGUAAAAAAAGAAAGAAAAUCAAAUGAAAAAACAAAGCAAACCUCUUAACUCUGAUAUAGUACAAUGUAAAUAGAUAAAACCUAAAACCAAAAUGAUCAUUUAGCAAAAUUGCAUUUGUGGCUCUUGAGCAAUCUUUUCUACAACCGUCAGUUCUUGUUAAAAAAUACAACCCAUUCCAAUUUGUAUCCUGCUCCUCCUUGCUGUCAAUAUGUGUGUGAGAGAAAACAGAGACGUGUGGGAUUACCCGUGUAUGCAAUUUUAUAAGUCUGUGUAUUUUCUUAUGUACUUGUGCACACAUAGAGUGCAUUACUGCCACCUUUUUUCAAUAAGCUGGUUUAUCUGCUAUGGCUUCUACAAGAUUUGCUGAAUUAGGCUCCUUUAUCGCCAUAUCUUAAAAACUAACAAUAGAUAAUUUCAGUAUAUAUAUAUUUUUUUUGCUUAUUUAUAGGUGCUGUAUUUUAUUAUCUGAUUGUUAGGAAGGGAUGAAACGGGGGCAAAAUAUUCUUUAGAGGGAUAGACUGCCGGCAGUAUUGGGUAUAAUUUACAAGAUGUAGUUGUCAUACUGUAUAUUACUGAUUUUAAAGAUUUUUUUUUUUCUUUGAUCUUAUCGUGUAUCAUUGAAACAUUGUGUCUUAGGUCAGCAUCUUUUGAUGUUAUUUGGUGCAUUCGUUACUUACUUUUUAAUAUUACAUUUUUGUUGAAUUAUUUUUUUUUUAAUCCCUUCCUCUUAUAGGGGAUGGGAAGUGUUGUUUUAAAACUUUACUCCCUAUGCUAAACCUCAAUGAGCUUGUAUUAUUUAGUAGAAAAGUUUCAAUGUGUAGAACCACAUUUCUUGUCGUUAGAGAAAAAAUGCUCUUUACACGCAUUGGUAAGAUGCAGUAGCACUUCAGGCUUUAAGACUGAUCAAUUUCUUGAAGAACAAUACAGAAAAACAAAUAAGUAAAAGAGGCUCUAAGAGGCAAAACCAGACAAGUAAAAAAAAAAUAUUGAAGUUACUCUUUUAUCUUGUGGUCCACCUCCAUUCAUCACCAUUCAUUUUUGAAUAUGCUGUAUUUAUAAGGGAAUUCAUAUAUUUCUUCCAGUAUGUUAAAUCUUGGCUCCUUGUCACUAAAUCUAUUCAAGGUAUUGUCACUUGAAUACUUUACUCACAUGUGCUGAGUAUAUGGCUCCUGCACCCCCCACACACCACCCACACGGUAAGGUCAGCCGGGUAGGCAGUUCAGGGGGUGUGGCACUGCAAUUGCUGCAUCAAGCUGCCUGGAGCCACCCACUUCAAUCAAGAUAUUAGGCAAGUGUGCCUCUACUACUAGAAGUGGUGGCAAACCAGACUAGUCCUUUAUCUUCUGCACACAGGUGUCUGGAUCACCCGAUUCUCUUCCAGAUGCCACAUUUUUGUUAGUUAAGGGUAGACCGCUUGAUCAUGCUAUGAUCCACUUGGGUAUCUCAGUGUUAUGCCUCCUAUUGUUUGCAGUAAAAUCUGCACUGUUGUUAGUUAACUUUCAGAGAUGAAUAUUUAGGGUAAUUAAGAGGGAAUUAGGGGAUCAAUUAAGGAAGAGAGUCAUCUGUUACUAAAUGAUUGAGAGCAUUUAUGAACAGUAACAAAGCUCAUUUUGGUUAAACUGCUUCUGCAACCCAGUGUUACUAGCUGUAAAAAAAAAAAGGCUUUUCUAUUAGGCUGACAUAUGCAGAUAUAAACAGUGCCCUAUAGAGAAGAGCAUAAUCAUCAUUUCAUGGUACCUGUGCAAACAUUUCAAGAUUGAAACAUAAAUUUGUGGCUUGCUCAUACAGUAUAUUUGUGGAUUAAACUUUCCUUUAUUGUAAAAAGAUUUAUUUAUAGAACUUUGUGGACCAACUGUAGCCAAGCUAGCGAAGGGCAUUCAGUAUGUAGCAGAUACCAUAUGUUCUUUUUUGUAUAUACCUCUUUCAUGUCACAAACAGCUCAUACUUUAUUAAUCAUAGGAUUAAAUAUACACUAAGUAUAAAAUCAAAACAAUCCCUGAGAGUUAAAAUCUAGCUAUGUUAUCUCUAUUGCGCAUAAAUGUAAAUAUAUUUUCUGUUAACAUAAUGGUAGUUCAAAACCUCACUUGGUAGUUCCAAAUUGGCAAUAAAACAUAAUGUUACAUAUAACAAAUAGAAAUAUAUGUUGCAGUAUACAGUGAGAUGUGGGGAAUGUCAUUAAUUACACCUUAGUUUUUUAAGGUGAAAUGAGUUCAUUACAUUAUUCGCUGAAAAUCACUGCAAAUUGCAAGGUUGGUGUUUCUGUUAUUAUUUAUUUUUUCAUAGUUUAUGUAUUUGCUACGAUAGCACAAGUUUGCAAAUUGUAGCUCAAAAGAUUUCUAAAUUCCCCGUGAAACAUAAUUCUAAUGGAGGAUUUUCUACUCCGGGCACACCAAAUGUUUUCACAAGGCCAACCCUGACUAGCAGCUCACAUGAUAGAGGCAGCAAUUUACAUGCAAAUGCAAGAAGUUAUUUGUACUUCAUGAUCAGAUCAGGCCUUUCAUCCAAUUUGAAAAGGUUUAAUGGCAAAAUCAUUGAGGACAACACACCUCCAUAUAAUAUCCAAGUCCUAUAGCACAAAGACGUAAUCGGGUCUGGUGACACCCAGUACGCACUCUGUAUCCACCCCCCCACCCCCACCCCGCGUGACUGAAAAAGGGACAAGGCCCAGCAUGAAAGGGCUUGGCAUCACGUUGAAUCCUGAUAACGUAAGUCCAGGAGGGUGCCCAGCAUCCCCGGAGACCAGUGUCUGCACUGUCGGCUUCUCCCCUAUGAUAGGAGCGGGGUGCUGCAGGAGAAUGUCACAUUGCAGCAGCCUGGCUCCUGCUACUGUGGAGGAGCUCAACACAAAAGGGUUGUUUUUUUCACAAGAGAAUGCAAAAAAAGGAAAAAAGGGGACUACAAUGACUUUUCUGGGGCACACUUAUAAAAUUAUGAAUUUUUUACAUGAUUAAAAAAUUAACUUUUAAUUCAUUUUUUUUUUUAAAUUGUGAAUAUAACAAUUUUUACACCAAGUUUUCUGGCAUACCCUGCUAUUCUGGUUAUGUGGAGGAGCUGGCAUUUUGGUAUCACCCCCUCCGAGGGUUACGCCUGGUUGCGGCCUGCACCCCUAUAUUGACGCCACUGCUGUAGCUACCUUUCUAUAGUAUUGGCAGUAUUAUAUAUGCUAUCUUUUUCCAUUUACUAGUCCUUUUUGUUACCUAAAUUCACAUUUGCGGUUAUAUAGUAACCAUAGUGAUGCCCUCCCAACUCUUUUCCAUUGCUAAGUCCUAAUUAGCUCUAAUUAUCUCUCAUAAUAAAAGAAUCUAUAUAGUGCCAGAGAAUUUGCUCUGUACCAUUCUUUAUAAGAAUUGUAUUUAAAUUACACAUGAACUUAAAAUAUUUAUUUGAAGGAAAUGUUCCGACAUUACAUGAUCCUUCUAUAGUUACAAAUUAAUCAGAUCAGCAUUUUUUAUUGCUUUGUUGUUUGCUCAGGAAACAUAAUAAUAUUAAAUUGUACACUAAUUGUUUAUAUGAGUUGGGGAGGGGGGGGGGGGCUUCAUCACUUGGCCCCCUUGCAAAAAUUUUAGGAAGGCCUGGAAGAGCCUGUAAUCCAUCCACAGACCCUGCUCUGUUCUUCAACAUACCUGUGUUCCGUAACUGUUUCACCCCCUGUCAUGGGUAGUACUUGAAAUAAUCCAGAGUGAUACUGUAGAUACUUUAAGCUGAAUGGCUUGUGAAACAACAAAUUUAACAUAUGAUUUUAGAUGCAUGCUUUUAUGUAUUCUAAUUAACAUUAUAUUCAGUAUGUUAGGGACUUAAAAAACGAUUGUCCCUUUGGAGCUUAUGGUUCAGAAUUGAUUGAUCUGAACACUAAAUCUAUGAUCAAUACAGUACUGCUGUUACAUUUAUGCAAGGCAAUGUGUGCUACAUACAGUCCAAUUUUAAUGUACACUGCCGCCUGGUAUCGGUGCGCUCAAAAAUAGAAGGUUAGUAAGUAGCCCAGAAAAGUAAUUAAACCAGAGUGAUAAGCUAAAGAGUUCCUAAAAUGUGUUAUCUUUUUUAAUAAUAUUGGAGUGCACAAUAAAAAAUAAAGAAAAUUCUUGGAGGCAGCAUGUUGAUCACAAACUGAGCAUCCACUAGGUGUUCCCAAAGGUCAUAUAAGUUUAAUUUAAUUAAUGGUGUUUUUUGCUGUGUUAAACCCUGGCACUGAGGAAAACAGGAAUAGAAUACACCGGGCAAGCUACUGUCAGCCUUGAGCCAUCAGAAACAUUAGUGUUCAUCUAUAAUACAGUGAGUUAAUGGUUAGUUAACUAUAAAUUUAUAAUAUUAAUUGAAUUACAUCUGCCUUUACUCAGAAAAAGAGUCUGUGCUUGCACCUGUCAGCAGGCAGUAGACUACACACUGCCCGUCUGAUAUGACCUGGUAGAACACCCCACAUGGUGGCAAAUAUCCAAUGUCUACACCUUUGUACAGAAGCUGCAUUUUGUCAUACAGGUAGUAUGCGGUCCACCAAAAAGACUGCCUACAGGAGCAAGAGCAAACUCUCCUGAAUGAGGCAGGCAUUGCCAGGUAAAGUGGAACUAACUACAUAUAGACUAUUUUGCCAAUGACUUGUGGUUCACUUUAAAUGCGCUCAUGGAAAUUCUAUAACUCUUCCAAUUUGACUGCAAAUAGUGAAUAAGACUACGAGAAUGAGCUUGUUUCAUAUUCAUUUAUAUAUAUAUAUAUAUAUAUAUAUAUAUUGUGUAUGUGUAAAUAUAACCUUGUCUAUAAUACAUAAAGCUUAAAGUGAUGGCCUAUCACAAACCCCCAAGACACAGAACAUGUCAUUAAAUGCACAUUUGCCUAGUAACAUGGAACGUUCGGGAGAAUCCCAAUCCUCAGGUUGCUCUUCCGGUCGUCUAGAAAAGUGGGAGAAGUCUCCCGGAGACUGCCUGCCCACACACACCUACCAACAUCCUGUGUAAAGUGGGAGGACUGGGCUGCCGUUUGUUUUGAUUUUUGCCAUUGUGGCAUCACCCCCUACUUCACAAUGGUAGUAAUUGCAACAUUGUAUAGUGGGUGCUGGACCACGCUGACACAAGCACCGCCCCCCUUUCCCCUGCACUGCCAGCAACUAUGCAUUAAUGCAUACAUUUUUAUUAUUUCAUUACUACAUUUUAUUACUAGAAGUCACAUACUCUAGACAGGUUAUUCUCAAAUCUGUCCUUGGCUGCAGGAAUAAUGCUUGGUUCAUGCAUUUCUGCUAAUAUCUUGCACGGGUAAGCUUAUGAAAUUAUUGUAAUCAGUAACUAUUUUUUUCUAAAGUUCUAUUAUAGAUGGAGCUCUCUUCAUCUUUGCCUAUAAUAGGAUCAACUGAGCCAGGGCAGUCGGACUUAAUCCCUUGCUGUAAUGACUUGGGUGGUCAUUCAGAGUUGAUCGCUAGCUGAAUUUGUUCACAGCGCAGCGAUCAGGCUAAAAAGCGGCAGUUUUGCGCAUGCGGCGCAAUGCGCACGCGCAACGUAUGGGCACAACGAACAAUGUAGUUUUGCACAGGGUCUAGGUCUUUGCACGAUGCAUUUCAGUCGCACUGCUUGCCGCAGAGUGAUUGACAUGAAGAGGGCAUUUCUGGUUGGCAACUGACCGUUUUCAGAGAGUGUGUGGGAAAACGCAGGCAUGCCAGGAAAAACGCAGGCAUGGCUGGGCAAACGCUAAGUGGGUUUGUGACGUCAAAUCCGGAACUGAAUAGUCUGAAGUGAUCACAAUCGCUGAGUAGGUUUUGAGCUACACUGAAACUACACCAAAAAAAUUGUGUAGCCGCUCUGCGAUACAACUGUUUGCACUUCUGCUAAGCUAACAUACACUCCCAGUGGGCGGCGGCAUAGCGUUUGCACGGCUGCUAAAACUAGCCAGCGAGUGAUCAACUCUAUUGUAUCGCAGCUGAGAACAAUAGAUGAAGGGAUUAUGCUAAUAAACCAUGGUGUACCUAGGCACAGCAGAGAAGCAAAGAUGAGCAUGGCUCCAUCUGUAGAUCAGAUCAUUGAAAAUAUAAGUACCAUAAACAUCGUCAACAGACCAGAUAAAAAUAUUAUUUAUCUCUGCAAAUAAAGAGCAACCAUAUAUAUAAAAAUAAGAGCAUCUAUUUUGGCUUUUGCCAUGAUAUCACAUUUUAAUUCCUUUGUAUUCGUAAACAAAAAAAUAUAUAUAUAAUAAACAUUUUUUCAUGCAUAAUUAUUUGUCAACAAAUAUUCUUAACCUUCCUAGGGUGUUGCAAUGGAGCAUACGCCUAAGGUGUAAUUUGAUAUGGGUCAAAAAAGACCCAAACAUCCUAGGAAGGUUAAAUAGUAUGUAAGAACAGUCUUUGGUGAGAAAGCUGUCCUGUAUUAUUGCCCAUUGAGUACCUACUGAGAUUAACAAUCUACCUGAUACAAUAGAAUUUUUUUUACAAUAUCUCUGAUUUUUUUUUUCUUUAUUUGCAGUCCACAGCAUUUGAUGAUUUUGUUAUAAAUAUUUUAGAAGCUUUGAUUAAUAAUUUAAGUGUUAUGAUACAACAAAACGGUUAUCCUACAUUUUUUUCUUUCCAAGAGAAAAGUAGUUUCUGGAUUUUUUUAUUUUUUUAUUUCUUGUCUCAUGUCUCUUAGAGCCUCAAAAAAAAGUUAUUUAUUCAGAAUAUAUUGUAAUUAAAAAAGCAUUGGAUUGGUCAUAAUGCAGGAAACUGGAAUAUACCAAAUGUGUAUCAUUCUAGUUGUAAGAGUCUUGUUCUUUACACAAAACAAUAUAUACGUAUAUUCUGUUCUAUGGAGUAUCAAUUGGUAAAUAGCACUUUGUUUUCUGUACUUCCACAUGUUCAAGAGAUUUCACAAAAUAUUGUAUGUUCUUUUUCAAAAUUCCAUUUUUGUCUAUUGUUAUGUAAAGAGUUAACCUUAUUACAUUGUUACCGAAACAAUAUCUACUGAGACUGAACUGAACAUUUACUGCAUACUAUGCUUUUGGAGUCCUCCUCAGAAUCUUAAAAUGUUUUUGUCUGCUGCAUCCAAUGGGGAGCAGCCAUUUUGGGCCUGAACCAGUAUUAAUUAGAAUGUAGCCUGUCUUAUUAAUUUGAACUAUGAAGGCAUAAAGCACUUAGGGCCCAGUGCCAGUACCUGAGGCACUUGUGUUUGCCUCCAUGAUAGAUCUGGUUUCUGAUUAAUUGAUAUGCUGCAUUCUCAUGAAUAUUUCUUAAGCCCACAAAAUGGCCGUCUGUGUGUAGGUGACAGGUUCAGGUUAAUAAGGAAGCAGAACUGGAAGGUUGUGUAAUUGAAAAUAAACAAAACACAUAAAAUGUAAACGCUGGUUCACCACAUACAUUCAUUUGUGUCAACCUAAUCACCAUGUAAUUCAUUUCAGCUGAUUUCUACUUUUACAUUGAGAUCUGCUUUUUGUUGGCAAAAUAUGAAUAAUAGCCCCUUGACAAUAGUCAGCAAUAUUUAUUUUUUUUAUUGUUUUUCGUUCCCUUCAUAUUUUCUGUAAUCAGUCUUCUACAAAUGCAGUUUUAUGUGGACGGACAUAUGGGCUUAUAUCCAAAGGCAAGAUUCACCUGUAAAAACGAGAUAAAAUAAAAUUUCUUCAUAUCCCUAUUUCUUUACUAUAAAACUAACUCUUUAUAUUGUGCAAUAACUACUUGCCAUGAAGAUGGGUGCAGCUGAUGAAUGCCCUGACUACUAACACAGCACAAGUUGAACUCAGAAGUGAUGUACUUGUCUUUUUUUUAUCCUUAUUUCUUGAGAACAUUUGAAUAAGCUCAGUUCCCCCAGUGUAUUGUGGUGUCUGACAUUUUAGCAGUAUUCUAUAUAUAAAUAUAUAUAUUUUUUAUUUUUAUUUUUUGUUUUUGCUGUAUUGCAUUAAGUCUUAGAUGUUUUUAGAGCUUGUUUGUUAUUCACAAUCACAGAUUUAAAAACACAAAAAAACAAAAAUCCUCACGAGAGACCCAACUGACCAAAAAAAGUGUAAUUUUUGUACACGUAGCUUUGAGCAGCCCAUGUUGUGUUGCUGUGACUCCUUUUUUUGUAGCUUUUUCUUUAUCGGUAUUUGUUCAAACAUAUAGUACAAGUUUCAUGGCUGGCGACAGUGGGAAUAGAGGUCCCGUCAGCAGGCAUUGUUCUGUCAUUGUUUGGGUAGCCAUAAUAAUGUUUGUUCUCAGCACUGUACAACGGUCCCUAUAUGAUAUGGAGAAGCAAUAUCACUGUAUGAAUCUCACACAAUGUAUUAUUAUUAUUCACUAGCACCCUAGGUGUGAUAAUUGAAGUAAAUAUCUUUUAUACAAACACA